GCGCCUUUUCUCUUUCAUUCAUCAAACCGAUUCCGAGCCGAGCAGUCCCCGGCCCUCCUGCUGCGACCCUCAGAAACAACACGAUGUCGCUGGAGAAGAAGCAGACUGCGCCGGCUGACAGAGGUCAUGUUGUCGGCGUCAUCGUCUUCGUGCUCGGCGUGGGGACGCUGCUGCCCUGGAACUUCUUCAUCACGGCCUCUCAGUAUUUCAACGGGCGCCUCCAAGCGCCGAACAACACGUCCAACGCCACGCUGGAGGGAGCGACUAAAGACUACAAGUAUGACAGCUGGAUGGCCUUGCUUUCCCAGCUGCCCCUGCUGCUAUUCACCCUGCUCAACUCCUUCCUGUAUCAGAGGGUGAAAGAGCGUUUCCGUGUGGCCUUCAGCCUCGUCCUCAUCUUCCUCCUCUUCUCCCUCACCGCCGGCUUGGUCCAGGUCGCCAUGGAGCCGGACACCUUCUUCUCCGUCACCAUGGCAACCAUCUGGUUCAUCAACAUGUGUGGAGCCGUGCUGCAGGGCUCUCUCUUCGGGGUGGUCGGUCUGUUUCCUCCUCGGUACAGCACGUUGUUUAUGAGCGGUCAGGGUCUGGCCGGGAUCUUCGCCGCCCUCGCCAUGCUCUUCUCCAUCUUAAGUAACGCAGAUGAAAACUCUGCAGCGUUGGGAUACUUCAUCACUCCCUGUGUGGCCACUUUGAUGACUCUGCUGUGUUACCUGCUGCUGCCACACCUGGAGUUUGCUGAUUUCUACCUGAACAGACGUCAGUCUGAAAGAGUGGAGGUGACGCAGACACUCCUCAGCAGCACAGGUCAGUCU